ACUACCAUUCAUUCUUCUAUCCUUUACGCUUUUUCACUCUUUUUGGAAAGCAGACUAUAACGGCAAGGCCCGUCACAAUUACAUUCAAAUCAACAUUCAUUCUUUAGCUUCUUAAGCAAACAAACCAUCAAAAUGCGUUUCGCUACUUCUGUUGCUACCCUCAUUGCCUCCGCGGCUCUCUCCAGCGCUGCCAGCGUUACCUUCUGGACCUUGGACAGCACUCAGCGCACCAUCUACUUCACCAGCAACCCUGGCAGCGCCAACAUUGACUCCGUCACCACCAGCGCCGGCAAGAACACCACCGUCACUUUCCCUGACACCUGGCAGGGCAACUGGUAUGCCGUCCGGGAGGGCGCUGCCAACACCCCCGGUAUGCUCGGUGAGGUCAACUUUGGCAGCUGGAAGGGACUGACCUACUUCGACGUCUCUGCCAUUGUCGACCCCAACGACAAGGACAACGUCAAGCAGCUCUUCCCUGCUUCCGGCUAUGAGCCCAUGUCCGGCUGCGAGAACUUCCCUUGCAACAACGCCUAUUACCUGCCUGAUGACAUCCAGACUAAGGCUACUAUGGAGUCUGAUCUCAUCUGCACUCUGGGCUCUGGCUCCGUCGGCUACAGCUUCACUGAGUCUCAGUAAAUGGCUGCUUAGUCAAAAAAAAGUUCCCUUUUCUUUUUGUCUGACUUGGGAGUUGGCUGCUUCGCGAGGCAUUCGCGAUGCCACUGGCUCCCCAUGGUGCUGAGCGCC